GAGGGGGCAGAGGGAAGGGGGGGCUUGUAUACAACUGCCCCCGAUUUCCAUUUUUUUCCCUGUAACUCGUAAUGUAUUUAAUUCAAGUGAAACGUAAUCAUGACGUGUGUUGUCAUUAAUCUCCUCGCCGCCUCUCCCGGGACUGUUGGAGGUGGACGGGCAGAUUGCCACCUUCAGAGCACAACUUUCAGUCAAGAAAGUGAAGCAUGGCUUAGACAAAUCCCUGAAUAUGGAUUCCCCACCAGAGUGUAUGCUGGCUCUUUCCUGUGAGCCCCCACUGUCUCCUCCGUCCAUGCCCUCCCUGGACCACAGUCCCCAAGGCCUGGACCAGAGUCCUCAGUCUACCCCUUCUAGUCCUCAAACCGAACUCUAUGCCCCUACCUCGCCCUGCCCCCUUCCUGGUUCCAGCCUCCAAGAUGAAGAGGAUGAGGAGUUAUCGGCACCACCAUCGCCCACUCCGGCAGUGGCACUGAUUCCUGGUGAGCUCGGCAAUCUCUCAUCUGAGAGCAGCCCUCCAGCUACACCGUCAGCAUCCUUCUCUGGCUUUGGAGCUCUGGAGCAGGCCAUCUCCUCUGGGCAGAGUGCCACCUGCAGUGAUGAAUUGGAUCUUCAGCUUUUCAACCAUGAAGGGAUGGCUUUCCCAGGAGGAACCAGCUCCGGACCUGCCCUGAAGUUUCCAUGCCACGUCUGCGGAAAGAGGUUCCGCUUUCAGAGUAUUCUGUCAUUGCAUGCUCGAGCUCACAGUUUGGAUAGGGCCCACCGGGCUUCAGCGCUCUACCGAACAGCACACGUCAAGUUGCAGCAGAACCACGUGAGUGGCAGUGUAAUCCAGAAUCUCAACAACAGAGAUCUAGGCCUGAAACAGAGUCCGUUAUCUGGCUCAUUGCAGAAGAAUAUGGAUGAAGAAAUAGUUCCCGAGGAACCUCUUCAAACUGCUAGCAGCCCUCAGUUCCUCUUUGUAGGAUCCACAGCUCUGACUCCACCUCUAACAGAGGAGGCACCGAUCUCGACUUCCUUUUCUCCACUUGGACAUGCCCAUUUGGAAGAAAGUUCCCCCUCCACAGUUGCUCCCACUUUCCGUUGCCAUGCUUGUAAGGGUAAGUUCCGUACCGCUUCAGAGUUGGCACGCCAUGUGCGAAUCCUCCACAACCCCUACAAAUGUACAAUGUGUCCCUUCUCGGCCAGUCAGGAGGAAAGACUGGCUGCCCAUCUGCAGGAGAGCCACCCACCUGAAGAUCCUGUGGCGGCAACUGUUUUUCCUUCUCACCCCGUAACAGAACCGCCAGAAACCCCUCCCCCAGUGCCAGUUGUCCCAGCUUUCCGCUGUGAGACGUGUGGCCAGCGUUUCACUCAGUCCUGGUUUCUGAAGGGACAUAUGCGGAAGCACAAGGACUCAUUGGACCACAAGUGCCAGGUGUGUGGCCGUGGCUUUAAGGAACCUUGGUUUCUUAAGAACCACAUGAAGGUGCAUCUCAAUAAGCUGGGACUCAAGGCUGGGUUGGGAAAUCUGGGGCCCGCUGGAUCUGACCAAGUCAAAGGUCCUGCUAGCACACAAGUGCUAGGUGCUCUUUAUUCCAACCUGCUCCUGGCUCGUAGUAUGGCAGGUGGCGGAGGGUCGGGAAGUCGCACAGAGAGGUCGGAUGGUGGCGCGGCAUUACAUAAAUCCUCAGUCCUUGGCUUUCUGGGAUUUCCCAAAGACAACAGCAAUGGAAGCUGCAUGGAGCGCCUUCAGGCUGUGGCACAGGUGGCAGAAAUGGGUAAUGGAGGUGGAAGGGGAGGCGAGGCACCAGACGGAGCAGACCAGGCGGCCAUGUGGCAGCUGGUUGCUCGCAGUCUGGCAGCAGCACAGAACAACCAACAACAGCAGCAGCAGCACCACCAACGAUCCCACUCACAGCCUCCUUCCUCAAAGGGCACGGUUGCUGGUGAGACUAAACAAAUGAGGGCCUACCUGGGUGGGUUCAGUUCUAGAGAGGAGCUGGAGGCCUCUGGUGCACCCUGGGAGUGUCCAGAUUGCGGCAAACUGUUUCGAAGCCUUCAGCAGGUGGUCGCUCACGCCCGUGUACAUGUUCAGAAACCCCAGAAAGGUCAAAGUGCCCGUGGAGGCACAUUAAGAGAAGAGGAUAUUAUCAACAGAAUGGGUGGAACUCCAGUCGCCAGCGGAGUAGGAGGAGGGCGAAGAGUUAGCGACAGCGAACGCAGACAAGAGGCAAAGCAGCUUACAUCAGGAGUGGAGGCCGCUGGGAGCUUCCAUUCCGUCAUAUCGCAUCUCUCCGGUCAGAAUGGUCUGAGGGGAUCAACCUCAACAAGCUCCUCAGUCCCUAGGGAGCGUGUUCGUGGAACAGGGGUGAAGGAUUGCCCUUACUGUGGUAAAGCUUUCCGCUCUUCCCAUCAUCUUAAAGUGCAUCUUCGUGUACACACAGGGGAGAGACCGUACAAAUGCCCUCACUGUGAUUAUGCUGGCACUCAGUCCGGCUCCCUCAAGUAUCACCUACAGCGGCAUCAUCGAGAGCAAAGGAACGCUAUGGCGACCUCCCCGAACUCCCCUUCACCGGGCCUCCCCUCUCUCACUGGCUCUCCUCUUGAGGGGUUGAAAAAACAUCGUCGGCUCCCCUCCAUGUCCCGCUCUUCUUUUGGGAGGGUUCCUGGAGAAGCGUCUUCCUCCAGACACGGUCAGUCAUGGGCUGUAGGCACUUCAGAGAAGAAGGACGGACAUCAGAGAGAGGGAGACGUAGAGAGUCAGUAUCGCAAUUUGUCGGGAAUGAUGAGUGCUCUCUUCCCUGGUGGUCUAGAAGCAGGUUGGAAGGACGAGGCUCCUCCCCGCAAAAUACCCAAAGUGUCUCGACGAAAGCCCCUUACAACGAGUCGUAUGGUGUCUGCAAACGGGUACCAGGGUGGAAUUACAUCCCACGAAGGAGUCUUUGAACCCCUGGACCUUUCCCGCCGCCCUUUGCCAGAUGAGGUGGCAGCAAGUGCUUCCGGAGGUGGAAUGUCUGGCGGUCCAAAAGAAAGUAGUGACAUCCUUAAUCAGUGUGUGUUCUGUCCGUUCCGAACCUCUUCGGUUGAGCUGAUGGCUAUGCACCUUCAGGUAAAUCACACCAGCAAGUCUCGGCGCAAGCGGGGCAUCCCCAUAAACCAUUCCCCAAGACUCGCCUCGCCCGGGCCGGACCGCGACCCGCUGACUCUGUGGAAGUUCCUCGAUGUAGAAGAUGGAAUAAUGUCCCCUGACGAUUGGCUUUCAUCAAAGGCAAGACUUGAGAAUGGGCGGAGUCCAGAAAACAGAGAAGCGGAGGAGGGUUUUGAGCUGGCACCCGAACCUGCGGGAACAGUAAAGGACCUGGAUGAGGAAGACGAGGAACUUGAUGAGGAGGAGAGUGAACUGGAAUCGAACGGCAGCUUCCCGGAGCAUCCGAACAGAAGGGCUCAGUCUGUUUCCUCAGACCUCACGAUGGAGGACCUGCUCAUGGAGGACAAGGAUAAAUGAGAGCAAUCUGGAGACGGAGGCAGGGGAGACAUGUUUGGGAGUUGUCCAUGAGCACCCAUAUCAUUUAGACCAAGGCCAGGCCAGUCGCUACGUCCGUCAUCAACACCCUCAAUAAUAAUAAUACAAAAGGAUUACCCAUAAAAUACCCCCUUUAUUUUAUAUGAUUACCUCUACCCAUAACGUAAACCCUUUAGUUAGCGAUCGAUUACCUCUCCACACACAAAGACUCGAAAUCACAGAGAUAUCCAGUAUUGUAUGCCAGUCUCAGCCUGCCAGUCAAGGAGUUUUGGGGCCUUCUCGAACACUGUGUUCCUGUCUUCUUGUCAGUGAACGUGAUUGCCAAGUGCUUUGCUUUCGUGAAUCUCUUGCUUAAAACAAAACAAAAACUUGGAAUGUCAAACUGUAGAGGCACACGGACACUGUCCUUUAUCACAACAAGAGAGAAAAGCUGACAAUGCUACUUCCACGUGAACGUGCGUCUUCAGUCAACCAAAGGAGUGAGCGCACUUCUUACCGACUCUAAACAGAACGCUGUGAAAACCGAAUGGUACUUCUGAAUCGCCUCUAACAGAACUGGACAGAGUAAAGAUUAUAUGACCAGAUAUCCACACUGCCUGUCCGCUCCAACGGGUCUUCUUCAGAUGUUCUAUAAAACAGAGUUUCUGCCUCUUCUAUAUGCUAUUUCUCUCUCAGUGCCUGUCGAUGUAAAUGGUUUUUAGCAGAUCGAGCAACACAGGAAUAUAGUCGCAGUGAAUAUAUAGAGUAUAUACAGUAUACGCAUCCUUGUACUAGAGCGUAGAGUUCUGUAUCAGUAGUUUGUGUGAUCGUGAAUGAAUCCGUGAACUGAACCCAGAGCACCAUGUGUGAAAUCAGCCGGCCGUUUGACUCGGGCCAGAUGUGUUUACAUUACCCAAAACCAACAGGAUUGUUGGUACUAAGAAAAAUAAGACCGUCUGAGUUCAGAUUUCACGGUUUGAAACAAAUCAUGUAGAAACGGAGACUCGGCAAUAUGACAUUCCUGUUCCUCGUAUGACUGACUCGAGGGUGGAAAAACGUAUACUGUGUGUCAUUUUUUAGAUAGCAAGUAAUUUGUUUUCUUUACAUAUAAAAAAAAACACACUAACAAAUCCAGACAUCCCAGUAGAGAGUAUGUAGCUUUUAAGAUACGAGAUGAAAAAGAGUGGACGAAAAAAAGAUGUCGUUGUUCUUCUAGGAAGUGUUAACUGAAAAGAGUAAUACGUAUUAUAAUAAUUAUGAGUGAAGACAUGAACUAGAACGUCCCAAGAGCACUGUGCAAAGUUUAUUUUCCCCGCUUUUCUUCGACACAACUUUUGUCCCCCCUCCCGAGAGGGCAACGUUUUUUUUUAUAAUGCUGCAGGUUCAAUUCACAACCCCUUCAAUCAACGAAUCAAUCAAUCAGCAAGUCAAUCAUUUGGAUACACAAUCAAUUUUAAGGAUCGUUCAGCGAUUGCUUAUAUAUUUAUACAUUCAUGCCGACAUCACGUCCAAGACGUGUCACGGUAUCAACGUCGUGAGUUUGACUGAUCUGUUUGCCAAAUUUGCGAUAAUCUAAAUGUGCACAAAUGAUGAUGUAGCUCUGUGAAAUUGUUGAAUCAUCUCAUUUUUAUCAUUAGACAGAUGGGGUAUGCCAGUAGUCCGGUGUUUCGUCUAGCCUUAAUUUGUGAAACGUGCAUUAUUGUUUUCUUGUUUGGUAUGUAGAGAAAACGUAUGAUUACGGUGUCGCCCCUGAUGUGCGUGCGUUCCUUUAAGACAACAGUCAAGCCACCGUGCCUUCCGUCCUGAGCACUUCCUCAAGUAUUUUGUAAGUUCACCAAAAGCACUUAGCCCCUACUGUAUCUCGCGCUUUUAUUUUGGCGACCCGCCGUCUGAGCGUCUGUUUUGUGAAGAUGUUGGAUGUGUGUGGGGUCCUCAUCACGUCGUGCUCUUCCAUCGUUCAUGGCAGUGUGCGGUUUCCCCUCCCUUUUGCAUGUGCAUUGCUGAAAGCUGACAUAUUAUUUAGUCGUGGAGGCCUUUUGGUAUUUUAAUUUCUAUGAUGUAACUUUAACGCCGAUGAGAUGAAAUCAAGCUCUUCUGCUCAUAAUUAUUAUUCUGAUCUUUGUUUGUUUUGUUUCAUGGAGCAAAAAAAAAUGUAAGCAAAGAAAAAACAAAAACAGAAACUGUCUCUUGAAUGUUGUAUGGAUAGAAAUAGAAAUGUUGUGUUUCUAAUGAGAGAUCAAACCACGGCACCUGUUCUCAAUCACUCCAUCUGUGUGUAUGUGUGUGUGUGUUAGUGUCUGUACGUGUGUGUGCGUGUGCACGUGUGUGUGUGUGCGUGCGUGCGUGCAUUUAAAGGAUUAUUCCGCAGAAAUAAACUGACACUGUGAAAAAAAGUACCGCUUGCAUUUAAGUAUUUCCGAACAGGGAUACGCUGCUCAGACAUUCACAUGUGACCUGCUUGUUGCUUUUGGUGAUGAAUGUUCAUCCACUGAGAGAUGGAGAGAAGGUGCUGGUUUGAUCUUUUCAGUAGCUGACUGUUAUUGAUGUCAGGGGAAGCUGAUUUAACAUUGUAGUGACUAAUAUGAAAUCGUGGAUUGAAAUAAAGUAGAGAAGAAUCAAUAAAAUACAAAAAAAAAAUU